CAGCCCAUUUUCUCAUGCAGGCCCAGUGGCCUCCCUCUAUUCCUUUCGCUUUGGACCACGGCGGCUUUCGUUCGGUCGGUGAGGUGAGCACGGCGGCGGAAGGAUGGCGAAGGGUGGCGCUAGCAGCGGGCUGAUCUGGACGACAGCGGGGGAUCUGGCGCGGAACCGGCCGGUGGUUCUGUCUCUGUACCGGCAGAUCCUUCGGGCGCUAAACUCGCCGGAGCUGCCGCUGGGGCACGCGGCGCGGCUGGCAAAGAAGGCGGAGUGCCGAGCCAUCUUCCUCUUCGGCGCCGAGGAGAGGUCGCUCCACAACAUGCGUGACCUCGUCGAGGCUGCGCGCCACACGCUCGGACUCCUCAACCGCGGCCGCCUCCCGGAGUGAGGAGACUGAGGGAAAGAGUCUCGCGAGCCUAGCUGUUCCCAAUCUUCAUUGAUUGAUAAGCUCCGAUAUCUGGUGUGGUGACCAGUCGAUUACAGCUGGAAAGUGCGAGGUGGCCUUGGUCACUGUCUGCAGGCCUCGCGACCUUGGUGGUCUUGGGGUCGUCGACCUGAGACGGGCUGACAUUGUGCUCAGGCUUAGGUGGGGAGUGGAAAUGCCACACUGAACGAUGCUUUGACUGGGCUACCGUGCACCGGAACAAGGAGAAGUCUGUUGUUGCCUUCUUCCGUGCUGCAACUGUGUCUGUGGUUGGAAGCGGCGAUUCAACAUACUUCUGGACUGAUAACUGGCUUCAGGGGUCCAGCAUUCAGGCUCUCAUGCCGGCUCUCUUUGCCGCUGUCUCCAAGUGGUGUUUGAAGUCACUUGUGUGCGAGGCGUUACCUGGAAAUGCUUGGAUUCACCAUAUCACUGGUGCCCAAACAGUCUAGGUGCUGAAUGAGUACAUUGUGCUGUGGCAGCGAAUGCAACUUGUUCAGCUAGUGCCGGGUGUGCCGGAUACUUUCAGUUGGCGCUUCACAACUGAUGGGGUGUACUCCGCGGCCUCGGCUUAUGGUGCCAUGUUCCUUGGCGCAUCUACACCGCUUGGGGCGAAAGAGGUUUGGAAGACACCAGCACCGGCCAAGGUUCGCCUGUUCUUCUGGUUGGUCAUGCACCAUAGGUGUUGGACUUCAGAUCGCUGCUUCCGCCAUGGCUUGCGUGACUCCCCCACUUGUAUCUUUUGUGAUCAGCUGCCUGAGACGAUGGACCAUAUCUUGUUGGGCUGUGUCUUUAGCAGAGAGACCUGGCAGCGCAUCCUUGUCCGCUUUCACCUGCAGGAGGUUGUCCAUGUUCAGGAAGAGGACUUCAUGUCCUGGUGGCUUCGAUCCAGAAGGCUGGUGGAUAAGCAGCGCAGGAGAGGAUUUGACUCCUUGGUGUUCUUAGUUGGCUGGAGGCUGUGGAAAGAAAGAAACUCGCGCACUUUCGCUUUGAAGUCGCUGCCCGUUGCUGGCCUUGUCUCCGCCAUUCUCAACGAGGCCGAGGAUUGGUGUUUAGCGGGCUUCAGGAGUGUGCGUGAGCUUGCUUAGUGCUUAGCCCACGUUGGCUCUUCUGCUGUGUUGCUUCCCUCUUUGCCUUGCUUGUUUCUUUAGCUCGUGUGUGUGGUGUUGGUUGCGCUCCCUGGUAAUUGUGGAUUACCAUUGAGACUGCCUAGCUUGUACUUUUUCCUCCGUUCCUUCUUAAUGCAUUCCGUGCGCAGAGCACGUUCGAGAAAAAAAA